UGUCAGUACUGAGGUAAACAUAAACACAAGCGUUGCCAACUCGUGCAUUGGAACACGUGAGGGCUGAGCAGUAGCGGGGCGGCUGUUUACUCUGCUCACGGUUGGCAGGUGAGAGCAGUGUGUGGAAGCAGUGGUGGAGCUGCACACUGAUGUUGCAGAGGCUGGGCAGAGGCUUGGUGAGGCUGAGAGAGCACCCACAGCUGAGAGGAGUGAGGAGGAUGGCCACAGAGACACAGGCAGGGAGUGGUGGUGGUGGUGUGGUGGACACAGGCACUACUGGAGGGGGAGAGGGGGAGGGGGAGGUGGGCUUUGUGGUGGACACACAGCCUUACACUGCCGUGACGGAGGGAGAAGCUGAGGUGCUCUUCCCUGCCUCCCAUGAUGUGUUCUAUAACCCUGUGCAGGAAUUCAAUAGAGAUCUCAGUGUGGCUGUCCUGCGAGUGUUUGCAGUGGAACACAAGAAGGCAGAGCGAGAGAGGAGGGAGAAGGCAGAGGCGAAGGAGAGACGGAGGCAGGAGUACUUGGAGAAACUUUCCAGCGGCCAAGACAACAAGGGAGCAACGAAGGUAGCUGAGAAUGGCACUGUUGAGGGUGAUGAGGCUGCUGACGACCUGAGCAAUGAAGUGGAAAAGAACGGCAACCUGAACGAAGAGGAGGGAGCUGCAGUUCAGGAAAUAGAGAAAGAGACCAUGGAGGAGGACAUAGACAAAGAUAGAGCCAAUGAUGAGAGUGGGGAGGAAGAGGACAAGAACGUAAUCAUAAGAGACGCCAGUGGGAGGGAUACGGAGGCAACCAAGGAACCCAAAAUUGACCUUCCGCCACCUGGGACAAAGGACGAGGAGGGCAUACGUAUCCUGGAAGGUCUGGCUGCGUCGGGCCUUCGCUCCAUCCGCUAUGCUCGUGAGGUGGGCGGAGUGAGGGAGGUGGUGGCCAAUGACAUCUCCAAACAGGCGCUGGAGUGCAUGAAGAGGAACAUUGAGCAUAAUGGCGUGGCUAACCUUGUCAGGCCCAGCCACAAUGAUGCCAGCAUGGUGAUGUACGAGAACCGAGCACCAGACAAGAGGUUCCACGCCAUUGAUCUCGACCCAUAUGGCUCCCCACACAUCUUCCUAGAUGGGGCAGUGCAGAGCGUGGCCGAGGGGGGCAUCCUGCUGGUGACCUGCACGGACAUGGCGGUACUGUGUGGCAACUCCCCCGAGACCUGCUAUGCCAAGUAUGGGGCGCUGUCCCUGAAGAGCAAAGCCUGCCAUGAGAUGGCCCUGAGGAUAGUGCUGCAGUCCCUGGAGUCCCACGCUAACCGGUACAGCCGCUAUAUUGUGCCACUGUUGUCCCUUAGUGCCGACUUCUACGUGAGGGUGGUGGUGAGGGUGUUCACCAGCAAGGCCAAGGUGCAGGAGACAUUUACUAAGGUGUCGUGGGUGUACCAGUGUGUGGGCUGUGAGACCGUCACCCUGCAGCCACUUGGACGCAUCCUCAUCAACAAGAAGAGCAUCAAGCGCCAGGUGUCCCAUGGGCCGCCUGUGGCUGAGUCUUGCUCCCACUGUGGCCACCGCCAUGUGGUGGGUGGCCCCAUCUGGUCUGCCCCCAUCCAUGACCGGGAGUUCCUGAGCAACUUGAAGGAGUCCCUGGUGGAAGAGGACUUCAGCACCUACCGCCGCAUGCUGGGGGUGAUCAGCAUGAUGGAGGAGGAGCUCCCCGAUGUACCAUUGUACUACGUGCUGGACCGCCUCGCCCGGGUGGCCAGCAUCAAUCUGUGCAAGAUGGUACAGUUCCGGUCUGCCUUGCUCAAUGCAGGGUACAGGGUGUCCCUCUCACAUGCUGACCCUGCCUCCCUCAAGACAGAUGCCCCGCCCAGAGUGGUGUGGGAUGUGGUGCGUGCCUGGGAGAGGCAGCAGCCUGCCAGGAAGGCCCCUCUACCCGCUGACCACCCAGCCCGGGUCAUCCUGCAGCAGGACAUAGGCACGGAGGUGAACUUUGACCUGCAUCCCAGCGCCAACCCUGAGUCACGCAAGAAGGAGCUGCUCAGGUUCCAGGUCAAGCCGGAGAAGUUCUGGGGGCCCAAGUCCCGCGCCAAGACCAGCCUGCUGCAGGGCACACUGGAGGAGAAGAGGACGCGCAACCAGGGCAAGAAGAGGAGGCAGCUGCCACCCCAGCCGUCACCUGUCACUAAGCAUCCCAGGGAGCAGUCACCCCCUGGCACACCUCAGCAGGACCAGCAGGCAGCAUAGCAGUGCAAGGUAGGCUGUGAUGUGUCUUGUCUGUUAUGUAGGUCCCCUUCGUAGUGAACAGUUCUGCUCUGCACAUUCUGCUUGUUCUUACAUUUGUACAAGUUUGGGAAAGGACAAUGAUUUUAAGCAUAAUAUAUACAAUUGUUAUUUAUGUGUAUAAAAAGGAGCUUUAAGAUGUCUUAUGGAAACUCACCCAAAGAAAUAUGUUUAUUUUUAUGGACAUGGUUUUGUAUUGGUCUCUUAUUUGGCCUCUAAGUGGUGAGUGUUGUUCCUGAAGCAAGGGUAAAGGAAACACACAGUCACAUAAGGCAAAGGUAAAGGUAACACACAGACGUGGCUGUGUUGCAUACUUCCACGAGGGAGGGAGGCCGUUGCUGUGGUGUGCAGCGUCUCCUUGCUGGCUGGUGCAGACCGAUGCUGUUGUGCUCUCAAGUGUUGAUCUGUUUACAGGAAAAAUCUUGGGGAUAAAAACUGUUGACAUUUCAAGUGGUAAAUAUUUCAUGCACAUGUUUACAAAAUGCAACCAAGACGUGUUUGAUUGGACGAGCUUGACAAAAACUUUGCUAUUUCACCACCAAUGCUUUGAGAGGCAGAUUCUGUACCUCUGUGUCAGUGAUGGUCACCUGGUUGUGGCUUGGGAUUGAUCUCAGGUGUGUGAGAUAAAGAGAAAAAAAAUAGAGAAAUUGAGGAAGUGAACAUAGAAAGGAUGAGUUAAGUUAGGAAGGUAGUACUAGCAAAGAGUGAACAUUGACACAAGUUUCAGAGUGCACUGUUGACACUGAGAUGCUCAGUGUAAGGCUACUUGAAAAGAAAAAGAAGUGUGUGUAUACUGUUGUUAUUUUUUACAGCAUACUGUACAAAAAUCAUGUCAUGCCUCCAGAAUUAUAUAUAAUACAAAAGGAAAAACAAA